GACCGACGAAGAGGAAAGAGAGCGGAGACUCGAGGGGAUCAGCGAGGUGGGGGAGCAGGCGGAGGAGAGAACGGGGAGGGCGAGGGAAGAGGAGGAGGGGAAGCAGGGAGGGGGGAGACGGACGCGGGGGACCACGCUCGCUGAGAACAAGCCGGGCGACUCCCGGCAGCGUCGCGCGCCCCUGCAGGAAGGAGCCCCGCGAGCCCCUGCAGGAAGGAGCCCCGCGAGCCCCUGCAGGAAGGAGCCCCGCGGACACCCCUGCAGGAAGGAGCCCCGCGGAGCCCCGCGAGCCCCUGCAGGAAGGAGCCCCGUGGAGCCCCGCGAGCCCCGCGCCGCCCGGCCCCGAGCGAGGUUCCAUCAUGGGGAAUCUACUCAAGGUUCUCAACAGCCCCGACUUGGAGCACGAAGGGCCCAACUUCUUCCUGGACUUUGAGAACGCGGAGCCGAGCGAGGCGGAGCGCGACGUGUGGGAGGAGGUGAACGCCGUUCUCUCGGUGGCCGAGACGCUGCUGUCCGAGCUCAGGGACUACCCGGGCGCGGGGAGCGAGAUACGGGAGGCGAUCUCCCACCCGGAGGACGAGGCAGCGCAGGGCCGCGUCUGGGCGGCCGUGUGUCCCCUCGUCUCCAAACUCAAGGGCUUCUACGAGUUCUCCGUGCAGCUCGAGCGGGCCAUGGUGCGGCUGCUGGAAGUGCUCACGGCUCCUCCCUGCACCCCCGUGCAGCACCUGGAGCGGGAGCAGGCGCUCGCCAAGCAGUUCGCUCAGAUCCUGCACUUCACCCUGCAGUUCGAUGAACUCAAGAUGACAAACCCGUCCGUUCAGAACGACUUCAGCUUCUACCGCCGAACCCUGAGUCGCAUGCGCAUGACCAACAGUAACGCUGGCACGGAGGCGGAGGUGAGCAAUGAGAUGGCGAACAGAAUGUCGCUCUUCUAUGCCGAGUCGACGCCCAUGCUCAAGACGCUGAGCAACGCCACCACCAGAUUCGUCUCAGAGCACGAGUCGGUGGUGCCUCUGGAGAACACGACGGACUGUUUGAGCACCAUGGCGAGCCUGUGCAAGGCCAUGCUGGACACGCCGGAGUACCGGUGUCGGUUUGGCAGCGAGGAUUCGAUGCUCUUCUGCCUGCGUGUCAUGGUGGGCCUCAUCAUCCUCUACGACCACGUCCACCCAGUCGGGGCCUUCGCCAAGACCUCCAAGCUGGACAUGAAGGGCUGCAUUAAGGUGCUGAAGGAGCAGCCCCAGGCGAGUGUGGAGGGGCUUCUGAACGCACUCAGGUACACGACACGACAUAUCAACGACGAGACGUCGUGCAAACAGAUAAAGAACAUGCUGCAGUGACGACGCCGAGCCACCUCGAGCCACCCUGGGCCACCUCGAGCCACCCUGGGGCUAUCCUGGGGCCACACUGCGACCAGGCUGGGCCCUCGCCCCACCCCAACGGGGUUUGGACGGGAGAAGAGAGUCACUCCCUUGGCCCCCCACCCGGGGUCUCGGGGACUCGGGGACAAGGGGGGUGGUGGUUUGGUGGGAGGAUGGGGGAGCUGGCGGGCGGGUGGAUGGGUGUUUGGCGAGUUCGGUUGACUGUGAUGUUAUUUUAUUGGUGGGCUGACCGUGUGUGUGUGUGUGCGCGCGUGCGUGCGUGUGUUUCUGCGCACGCGUGCGAGAGAGAUCGCUGGUCACUGCAGUCGAGGCCGAACGUUGAAAUUCGUGACGGAAUGAUUUUAAUUUUAAACCGCGGCUAGCGGAACGUAGCGAUGUUCGUGAGCAGACGCGAUGCCCUCGGUACGAAUUAUGGUACGGAAUUUGAACCAACGGGGAGCGAAACACAUCCAUAUCCUGCGGGACAGCCGCCCCUGUGCCCUGCGAUCGACACACAGGGGGCAAUCAUUGAACAUCCACGGGACAUUCUGCGCCACAGGUCGCACGUGGUGAUAGGUACACAUCUCUUAUAAGAAGUCUGGCCAGGCUGGAAGAGUAGGCCAAAUAUCACUCUUUGAGAGCUCCCUGUAGUGGAGACCCUUCUGCGAGGAGUGGCGUGAGCAAACAAUUGCAGGGCCUGCGUCUUUAAUCCUGUGCCCUUGACGCUACGGGCAGGCGCGGCUGUCCCACGUGGAUGGAGCUGCAUGAUAUUGUAGUUUAUACGAGCGCCGCCCCACCUUGCUGUGUGUUCAGUGACGUAUGUGGAUCCGUGAACAGGGCCCGUUGGUACGUGAGCCUAUGACGCCGUGAGAAGAGGGGCGGCUGGGAUUCGGGACGUACAAGAACCACCAACGACCCCCCUUCCCCCCCACUUUACUCUGCCCCAUGUGUCCCCCCCCACAGGUGUAGCAAUAACAUGAGGGGUCAGGGUUCAACACAGACACGACCACCUGUGUCCGGCAAUCAGAGCCGUCCCUAGGGUACGGCGAAUCGGGGCGACCGCCCCAGGUCCCGCGCUUUGGGGGUUGGGAGGAGGGCUCCGUGCUUCGAUGUCACAGUGUCAGAUGUAAUAAUUCCGGUUUAGUUUGAAGGCGUCGGGGGCCCACACGGUACGGUUAAACCCUCCUCCCCUCCCCAUGGACGGCCCUGCCUGUGACUAACCGCAGCCGUGUGGUGUGUGCGGCAAGCGCGGUUCCCGUGUCCAUCCCUGUGUCCGUCCGUGUGCGUGCCCGUGUCUGUGUGAGUGUGGCUGUGACCCAUGGACCAAACGCGAGUUUUUGUAUCGUCUGUGUUGCAUGCCAUCGGCGCGUAGAGACGGUGACUGUUCGCACAUAGAGGCCAGCCCCAUGGCCAUCGCCACCGCAGGGAGACGCAGUCAUCGCCGACAGUGACGAAGGAACAAAGGGUGGAAAGGAAAAUCUGGGGUUUAGGGUUAAGGUUGGUGUGAGGGGUAAUACUCGUGGCUAGCUGGUUGGCUAGUUACAUAGAAUUAGAGUGAUUUGGCAGGGUUGGUAUAUUUAUGGUGAGGUUAGGUUAGUGAGAGGGCUAGUGGUUAGUGGGGAGCAAUGGAGUUUAAUCACCCCCCCCCCCUCCUUUGAGACCCCACAUAUGUAUUAUUUUGGGGGAGGGGUGGUUAUUAAUGUCGGGCCCUGUUUAAACAGCUUGACAUUUUUAAACUGCCACCCCCCCUUGGGAUAUUUUUGAUCCGCUGGUGUGGCUAGUUAGCUAGUUAUGGACAGUGACCGUGUUUGUACGAGGAGCUGGUGGUCUGUUAAGAGUUGGAGUCUGUGUGAGGACUAGUGGUAGUGGCUGGUUACGGGUUAUUGCUCGUACUAAUUUGACAUACUAGCUGCUUACGGUUAAUGGUUAGCAUUUGGUUGGCCAGUCAGCUCAUAAACCGCUGGCAAGGUAUGGCAAUCUCGUUUUAUGGGUGCUGGAGUUUACGGUCAAGUUUCCUCUCCAUGGUGCCAUCCCCAACCAAAGAGGCAGCCAGACCGCUGGGAGCCUGUUACCAAGGCAGCUCCACCUGCUCCAUCCACAGCAUCACCCUCACGUUGCAAAGUUACCAACUUAGCGGGGUAUCAACUCCCAUCACGUCCACUCACUCAUUACUCAGCCUUUGCUAUCGAGCACGAGACCAGAAUAAUUCAACUUGCAACCAGAAUAGCUUAGGGGUGGGGUUGGGACUUUAUGGCUACCACCAGGACUUUAUGGCCACCACCAGGACUUUUCUGGCCAAAGCGGGACGUUUGAUCUCUGUACAUCCCCCCUGCAGUCGCGUUGCGAGCGACCACGAUUUCUGUGUUGCUCUUUUCGAAUGUUGCCGUUGCCACACCUCGCACCACGCUUCAGGCUGCCCGGUUCACGGUCACAUGGCAGGUGACGGUCAUUUACCCAAGUGGCAAAAUUUGUUUUAUGCGUGACAGUUUUAUAGGAAUACAGGACAUUAAGUAUUAUUAUUAUUUUUAUAUAUAAAUGUUACUGCCUUCAUUUGCACCUUUAAUGGCUUAUGUAAAAUACCGGAUU